CCUCAUUCUAGAUUUAUUUCCAUUGAGCCUCAAGUAAACGUGGGUCAACCCUACAUCAAGAGGACUCAGUCGUUUGAAUGGUCACAAAACCCGUUUUCAUAGUGCACAGCAUCAAUGUAGAUUUUUCUAUGCUGGUCUAGACGGUGUGAACAUCAAUGUUUACUGCUUUUGCGGGUAUCGCUAGGAUUUCGACAGGUUGCCACGGCAUCUUCUUGCUUCAUGCAUGCAUGCAUCCCUCCUGUACGUCGUCGCGUGCUGACCUGCAAAAUGUCCGACUGCCAUUGAGCGUAACAUGCCUCGAUCCAGGAGGCAAUGGCAGAUUCGCGGGAAGCGAAUCGACAUAUGUAGGUUUUUCCCGAUACUUGUGGAACGCAUUGCAACGCGAGCGCUCCCAACUGAUGGGGUUUGAUCCUACGAAAACCAUCGUCAAACAGUACUUACACCUUACCGUCGUUGGUGGCGGUUACUGUCACACCAUUCUCGAGGAGAGCAUCUUCGUCUACUCGAAUAUGCCGGUUUUCUAAAGCAACUAAAUCUCCAUCGUUAAUGGGGCCCAAGGCUAUUCUACGAAGUAUUUCCCGGAUCGGCAACAAACUGCCGGUGUAACUAACGCACA